AUGACUUCGGUUCUCAUUUAUUCAGUUUUUCUCGCUGUUAUCCUAUCGAAUUUCGUUCAGUCAUCCUAUCCUGGUGAUGGAUGCUGUGUUACGUGGAGUGGCGAUGGUAGUUGCUGCAUGAAUAGCUUCUUUCAAUGCUGUGUAGAUGCUGCUCCAUAUGUCGACUAUUAUUCAGUUAACAACUUCUACGGUGUAGGUGGUUAUUAUCCUGCUGGCGGAUGGAGAGGAGGUGGUUGGCAUCAUGGAGGUGGUGGUUGGCAUCAUGGAGGCGGUGGUUGGCAUCAUGGAGGCGGUGGUUGGCAUCAUGGAGGCGGUGGUUGGCAUCAUGGAGGUGGUGGCUUUCAUCAUGGAGGCGGCGGUGGUGGACGUCGAGGAUAA